AAAAAAAAAAAUGUAGGACCCAACUUGCUGGAUACACGCCAAUUAAAUACCAAACGAUCUUGCUUUUAAAUUGAUCUCCUGCCCGCUACACACUUUCAAACACGGGUUAGAAAAUAGACUUUUUAUAGGCAGAGUUGCACAAACUCAUUGGAAAUUUAUGCAUUUGUAUAACUUUUCAAUUUUGAUUGGCUGCACGUAAAAAAUUUAGUUCCCGCGCGUUAUUACUGAUUCAUGAUUGUGCAUCUCCAUCCAAAUUGUGCAUCUCUUUGUGUUCAUCGUACCUGAGUACCACCUCUUUCAUAAUUUGCCAUGGCGAAAGGUGAUGUGAAGCUUGUGGGUUCCUGGCCAAGCCCCUACGUCAAUCGGGUCCAGGUCGCCCUCAACGUGAAGUCCAUCGACUAUGAGUUCAUUGAAGAAAAUCUUGCAGCCAAAAGCAAUUCCCUCCUUAAAUCAAACCCUGUUCAAAAGAAAAUUCCUGUUCUUAUCCAUGCCGAUAAGCCCAUCUGCGAGUCCCUUAUUAUUAUCCAGUACAUCGAUGAGUGGUUUCCGUUAAUCGGGGAACUUAGGACGGCACAAGGGGAGGAGGCAAAGGCUGCAGUGAUAGAGAGAAUAGUUGAAGGGUUAUUGUUGUUGGAGCAAGUGUUUGACAAUUGUGGCAAAGGGAAGGUUUUCUUCGGUGGUGAUAGUAUUGGGUACCUUGAUAUUGCUUUGGGUUGCUUCUUGGGGUGGCUGAGGGUGGCAGAAAUUACAGCUGAUGUGAAGCUGCUGAGUGAAAGCAAGACACCAAAGUUGUUGGGAUGGGCUGAGAGGUUUUAUUCAAAUGAUGCUGUUAAAGAUGUAGUACCAGAGGCUGAGAAGCUUAUAGAAGCUCUAAGAUAUAAGCAGGCAGGGGAAAAGCUCCAGCUUUAA